GGGAAAUAUUACUACUUCAAGUUCAACUGACUCAAAAUCUGACUCAACUUGACUCAAACCCAGGGCACCGUCUUCACGUAGUGACUCCUAUCAAAAUUUCAAAUCAUUCGGUACAGCAUCUCCUUUCCUACAUAUGCCGGACACGACCCCCUAGUUCCUGUCCACUAUUACCCUCUGCAUAUUGCAGACAUAUAUCUAAUAUGUCAACUCACCUGCGCUCGGAGGAUUCUCAGCUCAUCAGUGAUCUGCACCGGCUCUCAAAAAAGUCGCCCAAGCUUGUACGCUCAACGGUGUACAAUGCGCCGUCAGAUCCCUCCAUCUCUAUUCGAAGCUGGAAGAUGAACGAGUUCAAGUACUAUGACGUUCCGUCGCCCUUUCCAACGCUAGCCAGAGGGUUGUUCAGCCGUGAACUUCCCUGUGGAGACGACCCUGAAGGGGAGCCAAAGUACCAAAUCGUAGCUCGAGGAUAUGAUAAGUUUUUCAACAUCGGAGAGGUCCCGUGGACCGAUUGGUCAACACUUUCCUUACAUACGGGACCCACGUAUACGCUGUCGCUGAAAUCUAAUGGAUGCAUCAUAUUCAUCGCCCCCAUUUCUCCUUCGAAGCUGAUCGUCACGUCCAAACACGCACUGGGACCGAUGCAAGGGGUCCCAGAAACUCAUUCCGAGGUUGGCCAUCGGUGGCUCAAGAAGCACUUAGUGGAAAAGGGUAAAACUGAGGAACAACUGGCGUCGAAAUUGUGGGAGAAGAACUGGACAACAAUCGCCGAGCUUUGCGAUGACAGCUUUGAGGAGCAUGUGCUUCCUUAUCCCGCCGAGAAGUCGGGUCUCCACCUCCACGGAAUAAACGAGACUUUGAGGGAAUUUCAUACCAUGCCUACGGAAACGGUUAACGCAUUCGCAGAAGAAUGGGGAUUUAUCAAGACGCCUACCAUCACCCUGAACUCAAUUGCCGAAGUGAAAUCCUUCACUGACGAUAUCGCAAAAACUGGGGAAUGGAAUGGUGAAGCGCUCGAAGGAUUCGUGGUCCGUACGCACAUCGUCGAUUCAAAAAAGGGGUCUACCACUCGCAAUAGCCGUCCUCCGUACCCAACCGGAUCUUCCUUCUUUUUCAAAGUCAAGUUCGACGAACCGUACAUGAUGUAUCGCGACUGGCGGGAAGUUACCAAAAUUUUGUUAUCGACAAAAGGAUCACUGAACGACGCCAAACUUCCAAAGUCGAAGAUGAAGCGGAAGGAGACUCAUCUUUAUGUCGAUUGGGUGAAGAAGGAAAUAAGGCAUAAUCCUAGCGCGUUUUUGGAGUAUUCUCAAGGCAAAGGCAUCAUUGCUACUCGCGAGAGAUUCUUGAAAUGGAUGGAGACCGACGAUGGGAAGAAUGGAUUAGUCGUGGAGGAUGAGGCGCCGCUUACCACCAAGGAGUUCGGGAAAACCAUAAUUGUGCCUGUCGCUAUUCCCGGGUGUGGCAAGACCGCCGUUUCCGUUGCGCUUACUUCUCUAUUCAAUAUCGGACACACCCAGAGUGACGAUAUACAAGCGAAAAAAUCCGCUCCCGUGUUCAUCAGGAAUGUUAUCAACCUCUUGAAGGACCACGAUAUUGUCAUAGCGGACAAGAACAACCACCUUAGGCAACAUCGUGACUCACUACGCGAAGCCGUUGCCAAAAUGAACCCUCCAGUUCGUCUCCUCGCGUUGAAUUGGUCGCUCGAUCGACCUCAAGCGACAAUCCAUCGCAUAUGCGGUGAUAGAGUUUUUGCGCGCGGUGAUAAGCACCAGACUCUUCGUGCUGAUACCCUGGCCAAGGCGCAUGAAUACGUCAUAUGGCAAUUCAUCCGUAAUUCAGAGGAGCUUGCCGACGAAGAGGUAGACGUGAGCAUAGAAAUGGACCUCGAGGAUACCCUUGAGCAAGCCGUAGACCGUGCUGUCACUGCGUGUGUCAGCAUCCUUGGUCUUCGACAGCCAAGUGCAGAAGAGAUUGACGAGGCCGUGCACAAGGCCCGUAACUACGUGCCUCAGACACAAAAGCCUCAAGAAAAGAAGAAAAAGAAAGAUGAACCAUCCACGCCACGCUAUUUCGGCCUCCUUCCCGAAGUCAAUCUCAUUGAUGUGAUCGGGAAACAAAUGGAAGGGGCAUCAGACGUACCAGAAAACGGAAAAGCGUUUUGGAAUGCUCUCGUUGCCGAUCAUCGUGUCACUUUGCGCCCCCAUAUCACGGUAGUGCACAACAAAUCUCUCCCCGAUGCUAUUGAACUUUGGGAGCGAUGCUCUCAGCUCCACAGAAUGGCACUUCCUCCCUGGUUCACCUUCACUCUUGGACAUUUGGUCUGGAACAAACGAAUUAUGGCCAUCACUGUGGAUGACUUCGAGCUCGACAUUCCGCCAGACAACCUCUCUUCCUUAGGUCAGGAAGGAGGUGAAUUCGUGUCGAAACUGUCGGAGGAAGUCCGGAAUGGUUUGCACAUAACGGUUGGAACAAGCGAUUCUGAGAUACCCCCUUUUGAAGCGAAGGCUCUUGUGGAGGCAUGGCGCUUUGGGAAGAGAUCGGGGAUUGGCUCACUUGAACUUGAAGGGCUAACAGCGCGGGGCAGAAUCAAAGGACUCUUCAGCUGAAGUUAAUGUGGUCUUGUUAACGUUCUUUAAAUGAUGGCCUCAUAACCAUACAACAUUAAUGUACAUCACCUCUCAUCAUCCCCUCUCAUCAACCUCACUCAUCAACUCGCCAGAAAUUUGUAUCAAUAUUAAUAGCAAGUCAAUACCUAGUACAAGACCCAGGGUUCCCAAAUCAACAACAACCUAUCACGAUUUCACGGAACUCUCCGCAUUCGCACCUUGGCGUC